UUCAUUCCGUGUUGCUUAGUGUUGUUAGAAACUUACAAAUUACAAAUAUGAUAGGAAAGAUUCUGCUGUUCGUCAUCGUCAGCGCAUCUGCUGGUGCCGUUGAACCCAAACAAUCCCUAUCAGCAUUUGAUUACCACGAUGUCGACCCGAACACUCUGUCCUGUGACCCACUAGGAGAGAUCUUCCUACUGCUGCCUCACUAUGUUCAUUGCAACAAAUUCUUCAUGUGCGCCCAUGGUAACGAGGUCGAGUUUGAUUGUCCCGCCACAACCAUCUUCGACUUUCCUCUCCAGACGUGCAACCACGCGUGGGCAGCAAAUUGCACCCUGCGAACACGUGACGACGACGAAGGCUCCGGCGAAGGCGCGUUCAACUUCCUGGACAACUUCUCCGACGUCAACUAUGAAGGUUCCGUAAACAGUUUGACAGCGGACGAAGUGAUCAGUAAAGUACGUCCGUUGGCCGUCGAGUCCCCCGUCAAACCCAGCUUCAACGGCUUGAACUGCCAGCGUUCAGACUCGGCUGCCAGACAAGUUGCUUACAAGGGUGACUGCCAGCGCUACUGGCGCUGCGUCAAUGGCGUCCUGCAGACAGCGUAUUGUUCCGAUGGACUUUUCUUCAACGAGCGUUCUGGACAAUGCGACUUCGAAGCUAACGUUAAAUGCGCCGACGUUAACGACGAAUUGGAAAACGAAUUUAUCGUUUACAAGAAGUAAAAAAUGUUAUAAACGAAAUGACGUUCGCAAUAUUUGAAUACCGGAACUUUGCUAUUUUGACAUUUGAUUUUGUUGAUGACAGAUCGAGUUCGUUCUUUAAACAGAUGCUAUCAGGAAAAGUUUUUUUUUUAAUUUUUACAAACAAAGAGUUUAUAUGCAUAGUUAAAAAAUUAAUUAUUUUUUACAUCAGUAUUUUUCAAUAUUCCGGUAAUUGUGCAUAAUUGUUGUUAAUACGGGAUCCAACAUAAAUGUAAUGCUGUCAUAUUACAUGUCGUAUGUAUAAUAGCAAUUAUUAUGUUUGCUUUAAAGCUUUAAUAUUUAUUGUGUUUUUUUUUUACUAAUAAAAUAAUCUAUGAACAUUA